AUGUGGGCGACUGCGCCGUUUUUGUUUUCGGAUCGAAACCCUAGCGAGUCCAUGCAUGUAAAAGUAGACGCGUUGCUGGACACUUCAUCCGGCUGCAAAAACAUUGAGAUCGCCGCUGGAGCGCAAUCCAAUGAACUGCAUACUGAAUUUUGUCUGCCACGAGAAAAGGAAUCAAUCGUGGCACGCCUGGUCUGGCGCAAGAACACAACCCUUGAUGUGCCGAGCGGCGGAGGCACUCAUCCUUUUGCUUUCAAGGAUAAUACUGAAUGCUAUGGCAUGCAUGGAAUCGUGAAAAUAUGCCGAGGAAGUGUAUCCCCCGGUCACAAAAAUAUACAGAACUAUCCGACUCGACAAUUGAACGCGUCCUGCACGAAAGACUCGUACCAAACUGACAGCGUUAACAUUGGUGAUGAUGAUGAUCCGUUGGAACAGACGAACCGGAUCAUGCCAAUCUCUCACCGUGUUCCCCAUCUUAGUAGGAUUUUGGCGUCAUUCCAGAAUGAUUGCAAGUUGUGUCUCUGA